AUGUCGACGUCACCUACCGUUCCCAGAGGCAAUGAAGCACCUUUAGCUUCGCGACACAUCCUACCUAGCAGGCUCAGCCAAGACUGGGACGGCAAUGACUCUCCUGUCGUAAGCAUGCGAACGUCACGCGAAAUCGACGACGAUACGGUUGAGUUGCGGAAGCUACACCUGCACACCCGUCAUGGCGGGCAUUUACCUAUAGAAGACGAAUUUUCACAGAGUGGCAGCGAAGGCGAAGACGACGAGGUAUAUAAGAGACGUCGACUAAGGCGCACUGCGACUCUGUCCAAAGACUACACGGACGAGGAAGAAGCGGCCGUUGUUCGCAAGCUGGACCGCAAACUCGUGAUAUUUCUGGGCUUCUUGUACAUGCUGAGUUUCCUUGACCGCUCAAAUAUAGGCAACGCACGCAUCGCCGGACUCGAAAGAGACUUGUCCCUGUCGUCUUCACAGUACGAUUGGCUUUUGACCGCGUUUUACAUCACAUAUAUUGGCUUUGAAUGGAUGAUUUUGCUGUACCGCAUACUGCCGGCACAUGUCUACAUCUCUCUGUGUGUGCUAUCCUGGGGCCUUGUAGCCAGUCUACAGAGCUUGACAACCUCAUUCGGCCAACUUCUCAUCCUGCGAGGCUUUCUGGGAAUCACCGAGGCAGCAUUCGGCCCUGGCGUGCCGUUCUAUAUGACGUUCUUCUACAAGCGCUCGGAACUUGCUUACCGCGUCGGACUGCAGAUCUCCGCUGCGCCACUGGCGACGAGUUUUGCAAGUUCGCUGGCUUGGGUGAUUGUCAAAUUGAGCCAGAAUGGGCCCGUUGCGCCGUGGAGGGCAUUAUUCCUGGUGGAAGGGUUCCCAAGUAUCUUUACCGCCGUAGCAGCGUGGUACUGGAUCCCAGAUGCCCCUGCCAAAGCCAGGUACUUGAGCGCUAGGGAAAGAAAGGUCGCGGUUAUGAGGCUGCAGACUGAACAGGCUACGGACCACAGCUCGUCCGCGAGCGCCGGCGCAACAUUAGCUCAACGGCUCCAGGCUAGAGAAAUUCUGGCCACAGUCCUCGACCCCAAAUCCUACCUUACGGCUCUGAUGUUCCUGAGCGUGAACGUCUCGUUCAGCUCUUUGCCGGUCUUCCUACCCACCAUAAUUAACAGCAUGUCGUUCUCUCCGCUGACAUCACAAGCCCUCGCGGCUCCACCCUACCUAUUCGCCUUCAUUUUCGUGCUGCUCAUCGGUCGAUAUAGCGACAAGAUGGCCGACUCAAGGUCUUUGUUCUUGAUUGGUGUGGCACUUCUCAGCGCCUUUUCCUACGCCGGGAUUGCCCUCGCGGGCCACCUCCACGAAGAGUUAGGCGAGACAGGAAGCAUUACGGUCCGUUAUGUCGCUGUGUUCGGCGCUGCGAUGGGGUUGUUUUCCUCGGUCACCCUCAUCAUUACGUGGACACUGAACAACCAAGCUACGACCACAGGCAAAGGAACCGGACUGACCAUUUUGAAUAUCGUUGGCCAGUGUGGUCCGCUGAUUGGGGUGCACCUGUUCCCGAAAAGCCAUGAGCCUUUUUAUGUCUCCGGAAUGGCUGUCUGUGCAGGCUUCAUGGCGGUUGGUGUGGCAGGGUUGGCUGGGGUGCUAAGAGUAUUGCUGUGGAAGGAGAAUAACAAGAAUGGGUUUGUAACUGGUCGAGAGCAUGGGUUGGAUGGGGAGUAUGAGUUGAUGAGUAAAGAGGAGGAGGAAGGUGGAAGAGGAGAUGAGGAAGCUGAACAGACUUUGAUCGGGAGUUCGAGGAGGGUCGCUGGGAGGGCUUUUCGGUAUAUGCUAUGA